UCAUUCCCUCUCUCUGAGUCUCAGUCUCUGUCUCUGUAUCUGAGCUACGCUACAAGCCUGCAACCAGACUAGGUAACUGGUGAAACCAUGUUUGAAUCUUCAGAAAUCCCAGACUCUUAUUAUAAAAACGAGCCCAGCUUAGUCCGCCCAGGGAACCCAACCCCCAGUCGUACUCUUUAUCUCUCCAACCUCGAUGACCAGAAGUUUCUGCGAUUCUCCAUUAAAUAUAUCUAUCUCUAUAAGAAAUCAGUAAGCAUAGAAAGCUUGAAAUCUUCAUUGUCAAAGGUUCUUGUUCAUUACUAUCCUUUAGCAGGAAGGUUAAGAACUAGUGCAGAAGAUGAAGGGAAACUUGAGGUUGAUUGUAAUGGAGAAGGUGCUCUGUUUGCUGAAGCUUUCAUGGAUUUCACAGUUGACGAAUUUCUCGAAGUUUCCAUGCGUCCAAACAGGUCUUGGCGGAAGCUCUUGUAUAAGGUGGACGCCCGUAACUUCUUGGAUAUCCCUCCUCUCGUAAUUCAGGUGACACAUCUUAAUGGCGGAGGAAUGAUCCUAUGCACCGCAAUCAAUCACUGCUUGUGUGAUGGUAUCGGUACAUCUCAAUUUUUGAAAGCUUGGGCCCACCUCACUUCAAAGUCUGAUGAUAUCCUCCCCAUCUCACCAUUUCACGAUCGCCACGUCUUGAAACCAAGCAGCAUUCCCAAGAUAACCUUCACACACCCAGAAUACACCAACACUACCACACCUCAUCAUGAGGGUAUUAAUGGGAUUCACUUCCUAGAUCAGAUGCUCAAAUCCCAGUCACUCGUCCCUGUAAGCUUAACCUUCAAACCUUCUCAUAUACUUAACCUCAGAAGACACUGUGUGCCGUCGCUAAAAUGCACCUCCUUCGAAGCGUUAGCGUCGCACACGUGGCGAUCUUGGAUCAGGUCGCUAAGCCUGCCGGAGUCUCUGAAGGUGAAGCUUCUAUUUUCCGUGAACGUGAGGAUGACGAUGAAACCAGAGCUCCCAAGUGGAUAUUACGGGAAUGGGUUCGUGCUAGGAUGCGCCGAGACAACAGUGAAGGACUUGGUAGGUUCAAACAAGAAUAUUCGCCACGGGGUGAAGCUAGUCCAAGAGGCUAAGGCAGUUAUAACGGAAGAUUACGUAAGGUCCAUGAUAGAUUAUCUGGAAGAGAGACGUGUGAAACCGGACUUAUCGAUGAGCUUAGUGAUAUCUCAGUGGGCGAAAUUGGGUUUAGAGGAUUUGGAUUUUGGCGAAGGGAAGCCUAUGCAUAUGGGUCCUUUAGCUAGUGAGAUUUAUUGUCUUUUCCUGCCGGUCGCCGGAGACUUGGACGGGAUUCGUGUGUUGAUGUCGGUGCCGGAGAAGAUUGCAGAGAAAUUUGAGUAUUACAUGAAGGAUUUCAUGGGUAGAGAAGAGAAGGAAGAAGCUAAGGAGUGGCACAGAGAAGACAUUCAAACUUUCUAGCUAGCUACUUCUUCCAUGCCUUGUAACUGAGAUUUGAGUUACUUUCUUUUCCAUCACUUAACCGUGCGUGAACGCUUUAUGUAUUUUAUGUAUGGUUUCAUGAUGACAAGUGUAUUUUUUUUU